GUAGCAGCCUGAAGGCCCCACCCCUCACAGAGCAGCGGCACGGAGACGACUCGUGUGAGCGCACGCCCCUGGCGCGGAGCUGAGUGACCGGCGCGUGUGGUGGUACGUCCGUGAGUGACAGCUCGUGAGAGCGCGUCCUCGCCAGCCGCUCAAUGAUUCGUCAGCUCUCCAGUCCGACUCAACUUUUCCUUUGAGAACUUUCAGGCGGCGCUGGUCGGCCGCUCCGCCGUGCUCCCUCGCUCUGCUUUGGACCUUCAGCGGAACGGGCUGUGGACGAGGUGCUUUUGGGUAACUUGAGUGCAUGAGUAUGUGUAUGCGUGAUAGAGAGAGUGAGAGAGAGAGUGCGUGAACAACCAGCGCUACGACAGACAGACUCUCUGCGUUGGACAUCACAGUUGUGUCUGUGGGGACUAUAUGGUGGGGCCAAACCUUUGACCGAACCUCGCAAUACCCAUAAGCUUUUGUUUUAACCUUGUGCUUUAAAUGAGAUCCGUUUUAAAGGCGUGCCUGGCCUCUCGGGGACUCCCUACAGCUGUUGAGGCUUUUGGCCGCAGUAUCUUCUGCAGUGCGUAGGAUCUGUGGAAGGGUCUUUUUCGACGUGACAUCACCCCGUUCCACGGCACUCGCGAGCCAUGGCCAGCUGUACCAGCCGCUGUGGACAGGGGGCGCUCAAGCUCAUCCAGUCCUUUCGAAGACUCCUCUCGGGGACCCUAACGAAAGAUAAGGUCGAUGAUGAGCUGGAGAUGACUAUGGUGUGCCAUCGUCCCGAGGGACUCGAGCAGCUUGAGGCUCAGACCAAUUUUACCAAGCAGGAGCUCCAAGUCCUCUAUCGCGGCUUCAAAAACGAGUGUCCCAGUGGAGUGGUGAAUGAAGAGACGUUCAAACACAUCUACGCACAGUUCUUCCCCCAUGGCGAUGCCAGCACAUAUGCUCAUUAUCUGUUUAACACCUUCGACACAGCGAAUAACGGCUCCAUAAAGUUCGAGGAGUUUGUGACAGGGUUGUCCACUCUCCUGAGAGGGUCAGUCCAGGAGAAACUGGAGUGGACUUUUCACCUGUACGACAUCAACAGAGAUGGAUUCAUCAGCAAAGAGGAGAUGACAGAGAUUGUACGGGCCAUCUACGACAUGAUGGGGAAGUACACUUAUCCCGCCCUGAAAGGAGAUGUUCCCAAACAGCACGUGGAUGCCUUCUUCCAGAAAAUGGACAAGAAUAAAGACGGAGUCGUGACCCUGGAGGAGUUUGUCCUAGCUUGCCAGGAAGAUGAAACCAUGAUGAGGUCCAUGCAGCUCUUUGAAAAUGUGAUGUGAAAAAAGGCGGGCAGAGAGCAUCAACGAGAGGGUGAAAGCCUGGCAGUGUGUGCAUAAGAGCCAUGGGAAGAGAGAGGUUGUCUCUGUCUCUGUUCGUGUGUGACAGAAAGGGGGAAAUCAAAUAGUGGGAUCAAAUAUUUCAACUUGAGCAAUUGUCUAAAUGUAUGCACUUUUAGUUUAUAUCCGAUGGACUAAUUUAUGUCUGAUAAAGUCUAUAUAUGUCUGUGUCUGGUACCCUGCCUUGCAUUCUCUCUCUCUCUCUCUCUCUCUCUCUCUCUCUCUCUCUCUCUCU